GUGUGUGUGUGUGUGUGUGUGUGUGCGUGUGCGUGUGCGUGUGUGUGCGUGUGUGUGUGUGUGCGUGUGUGUGCGCGUGCGUGUGUGUGCGCGUGCGUGUGUGUGUGCGUGCGCGCGCCUGUAACUCUUGUCUUUGCCUUCUGGUCCUUUUAGCAUCCAGGCGUUGCUUGACAUGAGCUGAGGAGACAGCCAUCCUCAUUCCUGUCACUUACUCGUCUCUAUCCCUCCGCUCUCACCUGGAAGGGAACUUCCAAGUGAAGCCGAUUGUUGUUUUUUUGUUUUAUCGUUCUUGACUCUGAUCAAUCAACACACACACACACACACACACACACACACACACACACACACACACACACACACACACACACACACACACACACACACACACACACACGCGGUCUUUAAACCAGAUUUAACAAAAUUAUCUUUCCUCUCUAACACAUGAUGUUUUUGUUUUCCCUACGCAGCCACACCUUGUGUAUUCACCUGUAAAGGCCACAUCAGCACCUAAUUGCAGGACUAAUGUUCUCAGUACUUACCAUGUCACUUUUCAUCAACUGUGAAACCAUCUCACCCUCAGCCGGGGGCGUGUCAUUUUCUCUUCAACUUGUCUUUCUCAACCAGUAGCUCUUUCUUGAGAUGUCACACAACAGCAACCAUCUGCUAGAGGCAUCUGAAGGUCAUGCACAGCUGCCAACAUCUGUCCAUUGGCGCUGGAUUCUGACCCCAGGAUACCUGCCAUGGAUUGUAUUAGCAGUAGUGUGUCCAUGUUGUGCUACAGGACGUCCAAACCUCUGGGCAAGGUGAGGCGACGGGUUCAAGAGCUCCGCGUCCCUUCCUCCGGUCACGGUGACCCUGCGGCCGCCCGAUCGGCGCUGGACCUGAGCCACAACGAGAGCGCCCGGUUGGCUGUGGACUGCCUGCUCAGCCAGGGGCUAAAGGGAUACCAAGAGGCAUUGAGCUCGGAGGGAGAAGCAGACUUUCUGUCAGAGCUGGAAAAGAAUUACAUCCUGGAGCAUGGAAGAGAUGGCAACACAGCCGAUCCUGCUGCGUCUGACGUUGAUGACUACAAAGUGCUGGAGAGCUCGUCAGCUGGCUCCCAUUCUGACACACAAUGUCCUGCAGUGUCCACAGGCAGGGAUUCUGAAGCGGCAUGUGUAGGCCAGAGCGAUAUCAAGGAUAUGAAGUGGGCCGAUCCUGUCCUGGGUGAGCCCCGUGUUUAUUUCCCCUCUGACAGAAGUGCUGCUGGCAUGAAGGACCUGGUCAGAGAGUUCAUCAGAAAGGCUACAAUGGCCCUGGCCAUAGUGAUAGACAGCUUCACCGACGUGGAGCUGCUCUGUGAUAUCCUGGAGGCCAGCAGGAAGAGGAACGUGUCCGUCCACCUGCUGUUGGAUCAUGUCGACCUCGACCUGUUUGUCGCCAUGUGGCAGGACCUCAAACUCGACGGCAAAAACUUCCCUAAAUUGUCAGUCCGCAGCGUCGAUGGACAGACCUACUGUGCCAAGUCGGGCAGGAAGCUGACGGGUCGGGUCGCUGAGAGUUUCAUCAUCAAGGACUGGACCGAGGUGCUGACUGGCUCGUACAGUUUCUCCUGGCUGUCGUGGCAGGUCCAUCGGAGUCUUGUUUUUCACGUGAAGGGCGGCUCCGUCGCACCUUUCCAUCACGAAUUCCACCGGCUCGACUCCAGCUCCAAACCAGUUCCCAGCUUUGUCACUUUCAUCACUGUGCCUCAUAUUCUCCCUCUUUACAUCACAUCACGUGCAGCCCAGCACGACAACACUGGUGCUGCUUGUCAUUUGAAAUCCAGGCAGUCCCCCACAAUGGGCCACUGGGCUUGGACUGGAAACGCUCAAAAGACCCAGACAACAGCAAAAACGUCAGUUUUAUCAAAUCCAAAGAGUCCAGCAUUGGACUGCAACAAAUAUGACAACCAACAUCUGCAAAAAGAAGGCACAGCUGCACAAACGCACACAAAACCUCCACCGCUGUACCCGAAACUGUUGUUUCUACCAAGAACACUGCAACGUCUAUCUGUAGAAGAGUCAAAGCACACAGUGAUGGGUGUCCCCGCAAGGCAUGAUGCAAAAGCACACGAGGAACCAGCGGAGAACAAUCAAAACCCGAUCCCGAGCCAUUCAAAGACUCUGGGUCCGACCCAGGUCUCGUACGAUCGGUGUCAGUUCGCCAAUGCAAAGGUUCAAGGGUCAAACCCUAUACACGCUGGAAACCACUCACAGGUACCGCAGACGACCGUCUGUUAUCAGUCAACUUUGAAAAAUUCAAAUCUUGAUCAUGACGGUGUUGGUACCGAAGGAUUUUUCUUUCAGCAGAGGAAUGGAAACAGACUGACGAAGCCUCCAGGGAUCUCUGCAGCAGGUCUCAACACACACAGAGGAGUUAAAUCUGAUGAUCCCAAACUACUGUCUCCUCCUACGUCACCUCAAAAACAAGCAAAGACAGGUCCUAAGUUCCCUUCGACCCAUUCAAGAGGACACAUAUCUGGACUCCAAACCAACAUCCCCCCUCCGGGAACCAGGAGGCCAGAUCAGCUUCAGAGUCAGCGCCAAACCCCUGGUCGGACACGUCAACCUCCCACAGAGGCUCCAGGUUCUAAGUUGACAUCAACAGCAACGGGAACUCAGCCCAGGCCUCGGCUCCAGACGCACCCCGAGCAGAAUAUGCAGCCCCAGACCUCCCAGCAGGCGAAGCCCCCUCCCAGGCUGAACUGGAUUCACACUGCAAGGCCCAGACCGGUGGCUCGAACCAGCUCCUUUGACACAACCUACGGGACGGGACAGAUGACCACGAGUGGACGGUCGGGCUGGAGGCCGGCGCCCGCCGACAUGAACACACUACUGAGACGGAGCAAGAGCCUGACCGACAGACGCUCGGCAGGAUUCAAUCAAAACAUGACUAUGGACAUAUGAAACCCUAAAACACAAUGUUAUUUUAGAGGUCGGUGGAACAGUGAAUUCAUAUUGUGUAUCGUUUAUGAAAUUAUAUUAGACUUGUGCACUUUGUCAAGCAUUUGGAAUAAAAAUAAAUCUACAGUUUAGUUGAGGAAUAGAAUUUUAUUUUGAUUUAGCCGAUGAUUCAGGGGGAUCAUCUGUGAAUCCUCAAAUGUUUUGUGAGUUAUUAGGUAUCGUGACGACGCCUUGAGUUUAAUGUCAUCACAAAACCUGAAUGGGAAUAAUUAUACACAAUAAAACUGCCCUGUCCUGACAUGGAAAGUGUAAUGAAGCAGUGAAAUGAAAACUGCAACGGGUUUGUCAGGACUUUUUUAUUGUCCAUGUAAAUAUGAUGACUGCUUUAUGCUGUAAAAAAUUUCAGCUGCAAAAAAAUACAAUUCUAACACUUUAAUGUUUUAUGGACAUAUGGCUUCAGCUGCAUUUUAGACUUAAAAAAAUACAUUAAAAUGUCUCACUUUGUUUCCUAUUUCAAAGCCGAAUAGAAUCACUGCUAUAAAUUAUGUUUCGCCAGUAUGAA